AUGACAACUUCAUCGCCGAUAGUUCAAGAAGUGUCCAAAGAUUUUCAUCAAUUUUCAAGUUUAAACCUUCCAAAAGUUCCAGCUGCUGUAUCACUUCGUACAAGUCACAGUUUGGAUCUUGAUUUAACACCAGAUAAUUCAGAUGACUCAUUAAACAGUGUAGAACAUGAAAACUCAAUCGAUGAAAUGAUUGAAUCUCAUGAAUAUCGAUCAGAAAAUUCUGAAACUUCAGAUUCUGAUGAUAGAAAGAUAGACGACAAUAUUGAUUCUAAUCCCACCUUGCCAAUUAAAGUCGAAGAGAAACAGGAAGUUUUGGUUGUGAAGAAAAUGGAGAAAGUAACUCCGGACUACCUUAAAGAGCCUCUCGACGAUAUCACUGAGGAAGAAUCAGAAACUGAGUCAAAAGAACAUUCAGAACCAGUUGUUGUGGAAAAAACAAAUGUAAUAGAGAAAGGAAGUCAAUUUCGAUCAAUUCUUGAGAAAAAUCUUUUAACAACAAAAUCUUUAGAUAGAGAAGAUACGACAUCAAAUAUUUCAGCAAAUAAUCAGAGCCAUAGUCUUGAUUUAUCAAACAAAAGCGUUAAAGAACUUCAAGAUAUCAUUAUUGAGAAGGAUUCAUGUCUUGAUGCUUUAAAUAUUCAAUUGAAUGCGCUUGCACGUCGUGAAAAUCUUAAAGAAGGCACAGGAAGAGAAUCCUUGAAAGAAUCAGCACCUUAUAGCAUUGCAACUUCUGCUUCAACAGAAUAUCGUACAAUCAAUGAAGAUUUUAAUUUGAAAAUUUUAGAUAUUGAAAAUGAACUUCAAGAACGAGCUUCUUGCAUUGAACAACUUAGAGAUCGACUCAAUCAAUCAAUUCAAGAACGCGAACAAUUUCAGAUCGAAAGUGAGAAACUUGCUCAAGAAGUUCAUGAUUUGCGAACGAAAUUUGCAAAUGUUGAGUCAAUGAAAAGUUCUGAUGAAGACAAGACAGUUAUUUCUAUUUCAAGGAUAAAUGAUUUCAAGCGAACAUUGCCAGAAGAAGAGUUAGCAUGUUUCAGUAAAGUUUGGUCAAAGUUCGAAGCAUUUCAUAAGAGUGAAAUUGAACAAUUGAAAGCUGAACAUAAUGAAGAGUUGAAACAACUCAAAGAAAUUUAUGAGAAAAAUGAAGAAAUGAAACUUUCUCAAAACUCAUUCGAAACUCAUCGUGAACUUGUCACGAAACAUACAAAAGAAAUGGAAGAACUUCGUGAAUAUUUUGAGAAGCGCUGUGUUGAUAUGGAGAAACAAUAUUCAGAAGAUGUUUUCUCACAACAUAGUAAACGAAUGGAAGGCGUUGACACUGAUGAGUCAGAUAAUGAGACGCUACCUGAUGACGAUCAACAAAUGCCGCAUGAAAGUCCGAAGAAAAUUUCUUCUCAACAAGAAAAUUCUGCCUUGCCAACGGUUCUUGUUGAAGGUUCAGCGAUUGAAAGAAAUAACGAAGAAAUCAAAGAAACGUUUGAUGAGAAACUUAAUGAAAUCAAACGACAGCAUGAUUUGGUUGUGAGAGAACUAAAACAGAGACUUUCAGUUCAUGAAGAGCAUCGAUUUGAACAAGGAGAUGACUAUGAGCACCAAAUCAAAUCCACUGCAAAUUCAGAACCGCAACAAAAUGUUAUCCCAUCUGAUCACAAUGCUGACAAUGAAUUGAAUAAUAUUAUUAAUGAAUAUGAGCGACGAUUGGAAGAGCAAGUGGCAUUGGCGAGAGAAGAUGUUCUUCAUGAGAUGGAAAAUCUUAUUCAGAUGACAGACACUGUGCAUCAUGGUAUUAAACUAUUUGACCCAAAUGAGGCAGACAAAGACGUUUGUGCAAGUUGGCACAACUGGAAAGAACAAAUUGAAUGGUAUCUAAGCGGAAUAAAGAUUACUAAAGAUAAGAAAGUUGGUCGAAUAAUGUCCUUGGGAGGCAUACAUGUCCAACAAGUUCUGAAAAAUAUGCUGAAGACUGGAAAGGAUUUUCAAUCAGGAUUGAAAGAAGAAAAAGCACUUUUAUCAGAAGAUUCAAGAGACGAUAGCAAGUGGCCAACAGAAAUUAUCCUACUAAGAGAAAAACUAACAGCAAAAAGUCAGUUAGAAAUUGCUCAGUUGAAGAUAGAACAUGAGAAAGAGAUGGCUCGUAUAAAGACAGAAUAUGAGUUACAAUUACAGCGAAGAUUGAAGCGGCACGCUGCAUUUGAUGCUCACCGUGACUUGGAUAAAAUCAUCAAUGAACGUGACAGUCUACGAGAACUUUCAGCGUCACUUCGAUUCACUCUUUGUGAACUUGCUAAAUAUUUCACACAUUGUGAGGAUGACAUCAAUAACACAAUACAAGAAGAAUUACAGAAAACACACGAAAGUGGAAUGGAAGGAGAAUUAAACAUAUCAGUCAUUUCAAAUACCACUAAGAGAUUAGUGACUUUUAAGCCGGAUAUUUCAAGUCUUAUCGCCAUUGUUGAAGAUCCACAACUUCUCGAAUUUAUUUCAAAAACAUCUGAUGAUGGUAAUAGUUUACUGCAAAUCAACAUUGUUGACUGUCUGGAACGUUUGAAAUCAGAAGCAAAUAAUAUUCUGGGUCUGUCUGAGGCACUCUGUAAACGAACUAAACUCGACAUUAGUAUUGAUAAAUUGUCUGAUAAGGCAGACAGUUGUGAAGAGGAAGAUGGGUUGAAACGAAGUCAUUGCAAAUCAUUAGAAAGUUAUGAAAGAAUUCAUAGUGAUGAUAAAACUGAGAAUGCUGUUCAAAGUCUGCCUGUUUUCAAUGAGGAAACAGAAGCAAUUGAAUUGAAAGGAAGAUUAGCUGAGCUUAAAAAUCAAUUAACAAAAAGUGAAGAAGAAAAAUCUGAUUUGCAAGAGGAACUAACCAAAGCAAGAAAGAAAUCGGUUAGUUUAGAGAUGGAAUUGCAUGAAACAAAGAGUCACCUGGAAGGUUUCAAUGUUCAGAAGGAAACCGUGACGGAAGGUUUUGGAACACAAACACCAACAAAUAUUGCAAAUAAAAGUUUCUCAUUAGCUGAAUUACAAGAAAAGGCUAAAACAUUUCUAAGCGCAUCACCGACAUCACCGAAUAAUUCAACGGUUGACAAUGCAAAUUUGCUUUAUCAACUUAUUGAAGAUUUUUGUCGUGAAACUGAUCGUUAUAUGGAAACUGAAAAGAAGGAUCGCGAUGAUUUACAGUUACAGAUUGAAGUUGCUGACAAACAAUUAAAAGCAACAAGACAAUUUCUUGAAGAUCAAGCUGCAGAACGUGAACAGGAAAGAGAUGAGUUCAGUAAGGAAAUUGAAAAACUUCGUGUUCUUGUUAAAGAGAAAGACAAAGGCAUCACAACAAAUGAAAGCUUUCAAAAAGAGAAUAAAAUCACGGACAUUGAUCUUGUGAUUAAUUAUAUUGCUGGAUUAGAACAACAGAUUAAAGAUUUAAACACGCAAGUGGAAAGUUUCAAUGACCAAAAAAUCAAAUAUGAAAAUGAUCUUCGAGCUUCAAUUGAUAAAAUAUUUGAUUUACGUGAAAUUAUUGCUGAUCUUGAGACGCAGGUACAAACAAAGACUUUAAAUGAAAAGGUUUUAAAUGAAAAAUGUAAAGAGUUGGAAGAUUUCAUUGACCAUCAGAAUCAGACGAAUGAGACAUUGAAAGAUGAAUUAGAAAGUGUGAGAGCUGAUGUUGAUGAAAUGGGAUAUGCAGAAAGAAUUCGUUACCUUGAAGAUCAAGUAAAACUCACAAGACCAUCAGCUGAACAAACACUUCUCGUUGAUCAAAUGACAUCACAAUUGAAGACGAUCGAAAUGCUCUUAGAUCGAAAGACAAAAACACUCGAAGCUUUCCACGCUCUUGCUUCAACAUGUUCAACAACAUGCAGUAGCCCUUCUGAAGAUGUAUCGCGUGGUGUCGACUUUGAUGGAUCAGAACAAAGUCCACUGAGAAUUUCUAAAAUAUCAACGGAAGGAAGUUUUCUUCCUUUCGAAGAAGUUCAAAGAAUUCUCGAGAAAUUAUCAAAGCACAAUCGAAUCGAGGAAGCUACUGUGAAAAAGGUGACUGAUCUCGAGAUGCAGGUCAAUGGCAUGAGAGCGAACUACAUCGAGAUACAACAAGAGAAAGACAUUUUGCAAGAACGAAUGUCGGAGCAGUUGAUGAAGAUAUCAUCACUUCAAUCACGUUUAGAUGAACAAAGAAUUCGUGCUGAAGAACUGAACAAGCAAAGCAACUCAGAUUUGACGAUUCGUGUUCAUGAUUUACAAAAUGAAUUGUCGAGUUUGAGAGAAAUUUUGACAGCUCGUGAUAAACAGAUUGCGAAUCUAAAUCAAUUAUUGGAGCAUAGUAAGAAGAUAAUCGAUCGACAAGAGCAAGAACUUGUGCUUAGUGGUGACAAUGAUGACAGAUCACUUGUCGAUAAGCUUGAGGAUGAAGUUAAAAGAAAAUCGGACGAGAUUCAGCGAUUAAAGGAGAAAAUAAAAUCUGAAAUGAUCAACCGAGUCGCUCUCCCCGAUUUAAUGGAAACAAUGCUCGCUGAAAAGAACGAAGAGAUUGAUAGUUUACGUGAACAGCUGAUGAUGACAACGAACAAAGACCAUGAAAUGACACAGCAGAAAACAUUGAAGUUUUCUGACAAUGCGACACCACCAGCAAGCACACAAGGUGGAACAAUUUUAAGCAUGAUAUCGGAAUAUGAUGAACCUGAUGCACUUCGCAGAAUGGCUGUUUCAAGAGAUCAACAUACACAACUACAACAAGAGAGUUUCAACUUUUGCAGUACAGCAAACAGUGAUAAAACAACGUUGGGAUCAUCACUUGUUGAUGCUACUCCUAAAAUGCCUUCAAAUAUUCAUUUAGUUCCACGUCACAUAACUUUUACAUCAUCCGACGAAUCAUCAAUUGUGCCCGAUGUCAAUAAGUUGCGAGACGAAUUGGAACAAAUCACCAAAGAAAAGAAUGAAGCGAUUGAAAAUUUAAAGCAUGAAUUAAAUGAAAAAUCAGAAGAAAUGUCAAAUCUUCAAUUAGAUUUGGCAGCGAAAACAAAACUUUUCGAUGAUUUGAUGAGCGAGAAGAAGGAAGUUGAACGUGAAUUGGAUGAAACUCGAGUGACGAUAAUGAAAUUUAGUUCUUAUGAAAUGACGUUAAAGAAGAAGGUUGAGGAGCUUAACAAUUCUUUCGUUAAGAUUAAGGAACUUGAAAUGGAACUCAAAUCACAAAAUCAAGAUCUCGAUAAUCUCAGAAUUGUCAUAGCAGAAAAGGAUGAAAGUAUUGAGAAGUUGAAUGAAGACUUGUCGGUUUAUCAAAAUAAAUGUAAGGAAAAUGAACGAAUGUUGAUGGAUCUCGAACGAUUAAAGCAUCAAGUGACAUCUUACAAUGACGUUAUGAACGAGAAAGAAAAUUUACUUAAGAAACUUGAACUAGAUUUACUGAGAUACGUGAAGAGUGAAAACGAACUUUUAGAAAAAGCUGAACAUUGCGAUAAACUUCUUGAAGCAAAUCAACAACUGGAGAGUGAUGUUGACAACUUAAAACGUGAACUUUCUUUAAAAUCAUUUGCUUUAGAGAAAUGUAAAUUUGAUCUACAAGAAAUGGAACAGAAAGUUGACAGUCUAAAGAAAGAUGAUGAAGCGACAGCUGCUUAUGACAGUCAUCGAAAUAUUUCUGUCGAAGAAAUUGCAGCGAAGCUUGAUAAAGAAUUAAAUUACGCUGCCGAACUUGACAAUAACAUCUUGAAAGCCAUUGAAAGUGAAAGUGAAGUCAAUUCAGAGCUUGAAGAAGUUGGUGGUAAACGUCCAAAUCGUUACGAAGAAAAAAUGAAAAAACUUGAAGAUGAAAUUGCAAAUCUCAAAAAACAAUAUCAAAAAGUAUCAAAUGAACUCGAAGACGAGAAAAAGAAUUCAGAUUCCAUUCAAAUGCAAGAUGCAUCUUUGAUUGAAGCGAUAAAGAUUCGAUUGGAAGCUGCUUUAGACAACGAGAAUGUUUUGAAGAAACUUCUCGAAGCGGAAAGAAAUAAAACUGAAACUCUUUCAUCGCAAUUAACUGGAAUUCAAAGAACAAAAUCCUUUGAUAAUUAUUUAUUGUUUAACAAGUCACCAGUUCAAGAGUCACCACGUCGUCUCGCAAAAUUAAAUGAGUUUGAAUCUGAAGUUGUUCAACGUCUUGAGAGUGAAAUCAAAUUACUCACAUCACAAAAUGAACGUGAACGUGAUCGUGUCAUUGAUCUUCAGAAAGUUUUGGAUCGUGAACGUGAUCGAUUCAGUAAAGCUUUGACCGAUCAACAAGAAUAUAGUGAACAGAUGAAGAAAGAAGUGAAACGACUUGCUAACGAUAAAGAAAUGCUUGAGAAUGAGCUCGAUCAACUACACGAACUGAAAAUGAAAUAUUUCGAGUUGGAACGUGAAAAAGACAAGCUCAUGGAGACAAUUCGUGCAUUACGUAACGAUGUUGAUCGUGGAACGAAAAGGGAAACAAAAUUAGCAGCUGCUUUACUCAAAGACAAGGACAGUGAUAAUUUCGAAUCUGUGCCCGAACAGUUUAUGCAGAAACUCAAAGAAAUUAACAAAUCAUUAGCUGAUAAUGUUCGUGAAAAUCAUCAAAUGGCUGAAACACUUCAAGUGCUAACAGAAGAACGUCGAGCAUUGCAGCAAAAGAUUGCUGAACUUGAAAGCAGUGGAAAUAACUUGGUUCACUAUCAAAACAGUCAUCACGAUCUUGAAGAGAGAGCAAAUCAUUUGUUUGCAAAAUAUAUGAGAUGUGAAAGCUUCAGAAAAGCUUUGAUUUAUCAAAAGAAAUUUCUACUGAUAACAAUCGCUUCAACAAUAGGAUACGGAAACUUAAAUCUUCCUUUGUUUAAAACUGAUCCAAAGAAACGGAAAUCAUUCAGAUCAAUUGUUCUCGUUGUCAUUGCAAUUGAACGUAUGAAGUACAUCGCAAAAAGAUGGACUGGGAAACGAAUGACAGCAAAAGUAAUAUUUUCAGCAGCACCAAAGAGAUCUCAAUCUGCCACCAACAAUAAUUGGGCAACAUUUGCACGAUUGGAAAAUAAUCUUCAAUAUUUAAAUUCACCACCUUCAAGAGAUCGGCCAGAUAUAUUUCUCUCUCUAAGAAAUAUGUCGACAACAUCCGAACCUUGUUAUUUCUGUUGUGCUAGAUGUUUACAACCAAUUCAUUUGGAUAAGAGUUUUUCGAGUCUUACUGAUCUUCAAAUAGCUGAACUUAAUCUUCCCAUCAAUCAACAUAGUGAAGUGUCAGAACUUGAGCUAUCGUCAUCAUCAUUGGAUCAUUUUGUUCAACCUUUUUCAUUGAAAAAUGACAAGAAUGGAUUUAUGGUAAUCGAAAAUGGAGUUGAAGUUGAAACAGAAUCGCUGAGUCAGAAUCUUCGUAUGAAGGCAGAACUUUUCGAUACUCUCACAUCAAAUUCUGAAGUGAAUCAUCCAGUAUGUUCUGAUUGUGGUGAUUUUCUUCUCGACAUGAUGGAUCAACAAUUGAAAAUGGCAGAAAGUGAAUGGAAUGAUUACAACAAUUAUUUAAAGAAAAUUGAGCUCAAUGAAGAUUUUCCAGAUGUUGAUGGAUUGGAAAAAGAACUUGAGAAUCUUGUGUCAGAAGAAAAUAAGCUUCUGUCAGAUUUAGAGUCAUUAAAGAAAGAGGAGGAUUCAAUAAAAGAUGCGAUUAAACUUCAAGAGGAAGAGAAACGACGACUUAAGAAUGAAGACGAAAAAUAUUGGCGUGAAUACACAAAGCAUCGCAGAGAACUAAUAUCAGCUGAAGACGAAUACCGAAGCCUUGAAUGUCAACUCAAUUAUUCCAAAUCACAAUUAGAAAAGCUCAAAGCAACAAACGUAUUUAAUGUAACGUUCUUUAUCUGGCAUAGUGGACAUUUUGCAACAAUAAAUGGAUUUAGACUUGGUCGUUUACCUUCAGCACCAGUCGAUUGGUCAGAAAUAAAUGCUGCUUGGGGUCAAACGUGUUUGUUGCUUUCAGCAUUAGCUCGUAAAAUGAACCUAACGUUUAAACGAUACAAUCUUGUUCCCUAUGGAAAUCAUUCUUACAUUGAAGUGUUAGGUGAAGUCAAAAAAGAACUCCCACUCUAUGGAAGUGGUGGCUUCAGAUUUUUCUGGGACACUAAAUUCGAUGCUGGUAUGGUUGCGUUUCUUGACUGCCUGCAACAAUUUAAAGAAGAAGUCGAGAAAGGAGAUUCCCAAUUUUGUUUGCCAUAUCGAAUGGACAAAGGAAAAAUCGAAGAUUCAGCGUCAGGAAAUUCAUACUCAAUCAAAAUUCAAUUUAACAGUGAGGAGCAAUGGACAAAAGCAUUAAAAUUUGUUCUAACAAAUCUCAAAUGGGGACUCGCAUAUUUGUCCUGUGAAAGUGGAUUUGAUGAUAAAAGUGAUAAACAGUAAAAUAUAAUGUUUUAUUUAAAAUAAAAUAAUAUUAACUUCAUAACUUGUUUACAG